UAUUAAUACGCCUAUUGGGCAAAUGGGAUUUGUGUCAAAUGAUCUCGGGUCACAGUUUGCCUCGGUACCAACUCCGCAAGGUGGAAACACAGAGUGCCAAACAUAUAAUCAGCUACCACAACAGCAACAAGUUGGAAACACAGAGUCCCAAACAUAUAAUCAGCUACCACAACAACUGCAAGCUGGAAACAUCAGAUCCCAAACAUAUAAUCAGCUACCACAACAGCAGCAAGGCGGAAACAUUGGAUCCCAAACAUAUACUCAGCUAACACAACAGCAACAAGGCGGAAACAUUGGAUCCCAAACAUAUACUCAGCUAACACAACAGCAACAAGGCGGAAACAUUGGAUCCCAAACAUAUACUCAGCUGCCACAACAGCAGCAAGGUGGAAACAUUGAUUCCCAAACAUUUACUCAACUACCACAACAGCAACAAGGUGGAAACAUUGGUUCCGAAACAUAUACUCAGCGACCACAACAUCUCUUAAUGUCUGAUAAGCCUGUAGGAGAAAUAAUUCCCACCAAGUUGGAUAGCCCGAGACAACACCAGUUACCAACUUUGAAAAAGCGCAAAGCACCAAUGGAACCAAUUUCUCCUAAUUCUAUUCCUCAAACGUUAUCUUUUCCAAACAAAAGAGUGGUACAAAUGGAACACAGGCCUUGGUUGCAACCAAUGUCUGCUCCUAGUAAAAGACCUGUUCAGAUGCAGACAGUUUCCAAUUCACCUGGAUCACAGUCUUCCUCAGCAUCAAACAAGAAAGCAGUUCCAAAUAAAUCUGGGUCAACAGCUUCAAGAAAUCAGCCUGCACAAAGGGGGCCCACUACCAAAGGUUCAAAAGGAGUCAUUUGAAUCU